CAUUCACCACAACGUCUCAACAUCAAAACCACAUACUGCCUUACGCCCUUGAGCCGAAAUGACUGACUUCACUCGGAUCUUCCGGCGGACCACGUACGCUACCAUCAGUCCAAGCAACCCUGGCAACACCCAGACUGGGCGUACAGUCUUGAUUAUUGGUGCCUCUGAAGGAGUCGGCCUCGAUAUUGCCAAAGCAUUCUGCGAAGCGAACGCCAAAGCAGUCAUCAUCUCCUCACGGUCCAAAGCGAAACUUGAUGUUGCUACGGCCAGCCUCAAGCAGAUUGUACCUAGCUGCGAUGUCAGCUCAAUUGUCUCCGAUGCUGCGGAUAUCGGCCAAAUUGAGAGUCUGUGGCAACAGCUUGCUGAAGCAGGGACCUUGAUUGAUGUUCUUGUGCUCAAUGCAGCUGCAUCAGACAACAUCAACGAGCUGGAUCCUCUCGAGGUAGCUAGAUUCUUUCAAGCGAACGUGAUUGCCAAACUGCAUAUCCUGCAUCGCUUCCAGAACCAGAAGCAUGGCCCAUCAGCAAGGCCCAUGGUCUUGAUCGAUAUUUCGUCAGCGGCCUUACAAACCUACCCGCAUCCCAGACUAGCACUCGGGUAUCCUUCGACGAAAGCCGGCUUUUCAAACUACCUAUGCCACUUGGCUGACAUUGUGCCUGAGCCUUCGAUGCGAAUCAUCAGCCUCCAUCCAGGAGUCGUGUACACCUCUGCUGUAGAGCGAGCAAGCGGAGGUCGAGGCAAAGACUUGCCAAUCUGGGACGAUCCAUCUCUUGCAGCACACAUGGCUCUCUGGCUAUCUUCGCCCGCUGCAGCAUUUCUACAUGGCAGGUUUAUAUGGGCAAACUGGGACGCGGACGAGCUCGUGGCGAGGAGGGAAGAGAUUUUGAGCGAUCAUGGGUUGUUGAAAGUGGGCAUUACAGGAGUGAAGAGCUUCAAUAUGCCAAAGUUGAUGGAGAAAUGUGCCGAAUUUCCUGGUUGA